AUGGAAUUGCGUUACGAGGAGGAGAGGGUGGCAGAAGCUAAAAGGGUAGAGGAGGAGGAAAAACGAGCGAGAGAACUGGAGGCCGAACGGAUCACCAAAGAAAUUGAGGACAACCGCAAACGUGCCGAGCAAGAACACAAACGUGGAGAAGAGGCUUGGAAGGCGGAGCAGGCGUUGCAUAUGUCAAUGCUUGUCAAGUUAGCGGGGGAAGAGGCCGAGAGACGAGGGUUCGGCUUGAAGUAUUUUUAA